UGUUUCAUAUCUGGCGCAUGCGCAUGAGAGCCGGUCAGCGUAAGGCGAUAAUGCGCAUGUGCACCGCUCUGUGUAGUUCUAGUUGUUGCACGGCUGAGCAGGUAACUUGCUGAGAAGUACGGAGGAUGGCGGCGUACCGCGUUCCGAGAGUGGUGUGUGUCUGUCUGCUGCUGCUGCUGCUUACUCUGUCCGGGGCUGCGGAGGAGAAGAAGAAAAAGAAGAAAGAUAUCCGGGAUUACAAUGAUGCGGACAUGGCGCGGCUGCUGGAGCAGUGGGAGCAAGAUGAUGAUAUAGAAGAGGGUGACCUGCCUGAGCACAAACGAAAACCGGCUCCUCUAGAUUUCUCAAAGAUUGACCCUAGCAAUCCAGAGAACCUCUUGCAGAUAACCAAAAAGGGCAAGACUCUAAUGAUCUUCGCAACAGUGUCUGGGAAUCCAACAGAGAAGGAAACCGAAGAAAUUACAAGCUUCUGGCAAGGCAGCCUUUUCAAUGCUAACUAUGACAUUCAGAGAUUUGUUGUUGGAGCAAACCGCGUGAUCUUUAUGUUGCGGGACGGUGGCUAUGCUUGGGAGGUGAAAGACUUUCUUGUAAAACAGGACAGGUGUGCAGAUGUGACGGUGGAAGGACAGGUGUACCCUGGCAAGGCAGCAGAUGGGAGUCCGAAAACUAACAAUCACAGUAAACCAGAGAAAAAGAAAAAGACUGAAAGCAAAAAGUCAAAACCCUCAACGGAGACUAACCGAGCAUCUCCAGCCAAGGAGGAUUUAUGACCCUAUAAUGCCUAGGGACAACUAUGACUUUCUGAGAGAAGUGCAUUAAUUCCAAAUGAAGGACAUCAUGGUGUAUACAUUAUAUCCCAUAAUAUGGUCUAGUCACAAUAAUUGGUUUCAUCAGAGGAAGCGGUAUUGUUUGACCAUGUUUCUUCUAUAGGAAACAUCCAUGCCAGGUCUGGUCAUGAACUAAGGUGACAACAACUACUUUGUAAAUGUUUUAAUGGUCCCCAUUUCAGGAGGCCGCCUUUAGCCUGUACGCAACUAUUGUGCUUUUCUAAGGUAGCUGAGAAGAGGUCAUUUUCUUUGCAUUUCUAAUGGUCAAAAGUUAAUUAUUCAAUCAACAUAAAUGAUAUAGUUCUAAAUCUGUUCUGGAGGUAACUAGGUAGAAAAACUAAUGUUGCCCUUGGUUACCAUUAUUUACAUUUUUCUGUGGCUGUAACCUGGGGUGGAAUAUUUGGACCUGUUGCUUAUUAAACGGAUUACUGAGUUACUAUACACCAGACUUUGUACUAGUUUAAUAUCCAAAGCCAAAAAUUAGUCUCAGAAACUUCCAACAAUGAUCAUGGAGUUACGAGUGUCACAUUAUAUGUGAUGCACUGUGCAUUAUGUUCUGGUGGCAAAUGCCGUUUUACACUAGUUUAAGGUACACUGUUUUGAGUAUUGUUGACUGAAAUGUCUUCUGCAGUAUUAUGAAAACCUGUAUAUUCUACAUUGAAUACAGCUAUUUUCUUUGUAUGUUGAUCAAUAUUAUUUCAUUAAUAUCUCAGUAUGGCUUUGGUUUUUAUUUCAAUAGGUAAGUAAAUAGAAUGCUAUUUCUCUCCUUCACACACCCCUCUGAUUGUAGCCAAACUCUAGUCACACUUCACACUCUAAUAUGAGUCAAGUAUAAUCUUUCAAUAUUAAAACUUUCAAAAGAGACACUGCUAUGACUACGUCACCUUAAAAUAAAUAAACCUUAUACAUACAGUAUGCAGGGUUUCUUCUAUGGA